UUUGUCAUUAUCUCAAAGCAUGCCGGUCAUGGAAUCAGUUCCUGAACUGUUCACUCCAAUGAGCCGCGAACUGUUGGAGGCUGCAAGGUUGGGCGAUACCAACAUACUCGGAACGAGCAUCCCUGACGUCCAUGUGACGGCUGGACGGAACUCGACGCUUCACAUCGCAGCCAAGCUCGGACACACCGAUUUCUGCAAUAAAACCCUCGACCUACAGCCCUCGCUCCUCCUGUUGAAGAACGCACGAGGAGACACUCCGUUGCACAUCGCCGCGAGGGCAGGCCAUCACCAGCUAGUGAAUGACCUCAUCUCUACUUCCUCUGAAAGGAGAGCUCAGGGCGACGACAGAGUGCGGUCACUAGUCCAGAUGGCAAACAACGUUGGUAACACCGCCUUGCACGAGGCGGUACAGAACGGCCAUCAACAGGUCGUCGCUGCACUGAUGGAGAAGUCUCCACGUGUGUCGGCGGUGACCAACGUCAAUGGCGUGUCGCCCCUCUACAGGGCGGUGGAAAUCGGGUCAACGUCGAUCGUCCGGCUUUUACUGGCGGCGGCGGACGCGUCAUGCGACGGACCUAAUGGGCAGACAGCUUUGCAUCUAGCCGUGCUGAGGAGCUACCGUUCAGAAAUCACAAGGAUGUUGCUGCAGCAGAGGGGCAGUUUAACUCGAAAAGGCGAUGCUGCCGAACGAGUACCUCUCCACUUUGCAGCCGCCCGCGGAGACCUUGAAAUGGUGAGACUUCUGCUAGAAAAUGAUGCAUCUACUGCGUAUCUGCAAGACAAUGGUGGCGCCACUGCAAUCCACGUUGCUGCAAGCUUCGGAUAUGUCAACGUAAUCAAACAUCUCAUAGAAACAUGCCCCGGUUGUGUGGAGGUGAUGGACGGUGAGGGCAGCAACUUCUUCCACGUAGCCAUCAGCAAACGAAGAGAACAAGUGGUCCGAUUUGUGGCUAAAUUACCUCGUCCCAGUGAUCUGUUGAACGAGCCGGAUUCGGCUGGGAACACUCCCUUGCAUCGAGCUAUUAUGUCUCGAGACAUGGCCAUCAUACAAAUGUUGUCGUCCAAUCCAAGCGUCAAGCUUAGUGCAACCAACAACCGCGGUCAAACCGCUCUCGAUGUCGCUCUAUCCAACACAAGGAAACGCCUGGUAAUCAAAAUGUUCAAGGUAGUGAUUGAUUUGACGAAUAAGGGUGCGCGAUUCAGCGACCAACAGCUCCUUGAGGAUAUGGGACAUCCGGUAGACCAAAAGGGUACGGUUGAAAAGAAGAAUCAUAAAGAAAACGCUGACAGUAAACAUGCAGUGCAUACGGUAGACCAAAAGGGCAAAGUUGAGGAGAAGAACUAUCAAGAUAUCGCCGAUACUCUACCCGUCGUGGCAGCGCUUAUCACCACCGCCACCUUCACUGCAGCAUUCACCUUGUCAAGUAGUUUUAAGAGGGAUCGCAGCGAUUAUGGCAGCAUCUACAUGCGUAUAAGGGGGAUUGCCUUCGUGGUGUUUCUGAUAUUUGAUGCCCUGGCCAUGAUAACCGCCAUUUGUGUUCCCUUCCUCGUCAUCUAUGUGCGAGUAGGAACUCCUGUUACCCAGGUCAACAGUCUUACUCUAUCCGAAAUAUUGCUGCAGGUCGCGUUCAUAGGGUUCACGGUAGCAUUCGCCAGUGGUGUGUGUGUGCUGCUUGCGGAUCACUGGCUCAUCAUCCUCAUCUGGCUCGUGAUUCUGCUCUUUAUUCCAAUCCUCAAGAGAAGGAUCAUUCCUUUCUACCCUUACCUAUGUUGGUUGACUAGAGGGAGUGAGUUCCAGAUCAUUUACGCUAGAUUAAUGAUCGCCCGGCAUAGGCUGAUACGAAUUGGCAACUAUGAAUUAGCAAUAGACUUCAUCAAGUUUCCUGGUGUGUGGGGCUUCUCCAUCACAAAAUUCUGAGCAGUACCCGAGCGAGGGAUGAUUGGUGGUCACGACCUGUAUCCCUCUGCCUCGCUGCAAACUCGAAGAGUAUGUUGCUGUGGUGAUCGAUAGGCUCGAAUGGUCUUCUUCCACAAAUGGACGAUCCAAAUUUGAGCUCGUCAACAAGAAACAAUGUUAAUUUGACCAUUGUCUGCGAUGUGGUUAGAUGUAUGACAGAUGCACCUGAUCGACAAAUAGCAACUCGUCGCAUGCUUAUGCCAACACUUAUCUCAAUAAUCUCGAGACCAAUUAGUUUCUGUUGAGUUUGAUCACUUUCAGAUUAUAGAGAUAUCAAAAAACCGCUUUUAUUCAUAUUGGGAAUCUCUUGUCAGCAUAUGAAAUGAUUUCUAA